UUAACUAUUACUAUUUACUAUUACCAGCUAGUAGCUACUGCUAGAUUAUAUAAUCCAAUUUGUUCAAUUAGCUUAGCUGGCAUUUUAUUUUCUCGUUUCAAUUUUCCUAACGGAUAAAUUUAUUGUUCCUCGAUUGAGGUUCACAGCAACUUGUUUCUGCUACAAUAAGUAAUACAAUUCAGAAAAUGAGGAUAGCCCUUAUGGUCUCUGGACAGAGUAAAACAUUCUGUAAAAUAUAUGAAAAUUUGAACUAAUAGUACAAUUAACAGGCCGAUUGGAAAUCUUUCUACAGUCAAUCAUCGAUUUUGUUGUUUGCCAGCUCUAACAAUGUAGCCUCCAUAACAACCAUCAACUUAGUAGUAGUAAAGCAAGUCACGAUACUACCCCUUGGUUGCUGCAAUCCAUGAACUGGUAAGGGACUCGUAGAGUUAUCUUGUUGCCCUUUAUUACAAAUAUAAAUGCUUGUGAAUAGUUUCAGAAUCAGGAGUACGAUAAAUAGUUAAUUCAUGCUUAGGCAGAAGAAACCAACAAGGCCUUAGAUUGGGUCAUUCAAACAGAAACAGCAGUAAAUAGAGGUAGAAAAGUAAUGUUAGAUCUUAAGGGGUCCCUUGCCUUUUCAUUGCCUGUUAAACCUGAUCUUCACAUAUAUGCAAACAACAGAACAAAGCACCUACCAGCACCACCCACACCUCCACCUCCCAUAUUUUGAAAGAUAACCCAUGUGAGAGACAAACACAUUCACAGUUCAACUAGUCAGCUAACAUAAGGACCCCACCACCGACACUUCAAUUUUUCUUUUCCCAAAUUUUCCUUUUUUUUUUUUUUAUACCAUACGGCUUGGCUUAAUUACACUUCCACACAUCACUUCCCCUAUACCGCACUUAAAUAUUUAUUGCGCCAUUCCUCAUCAUCACUGCUCCUUCUCCUCCCAACCUCUUAUUUUAAAGUCUUUAUCUUAUUUUCUUCCCUUUCACAUUCUCUACACAAGCAACUAAGACCCAAAAAAGGACGUCUCUCGUUUUCUUAUUUACUUCCAAAAUGCGGCUUCACUUGGAAGUGGCAUUGUUUUAUUCCAUAGCUUCUCUUUUUGCCAUUGCCGGGGCUGAAAAUCCCUACAGAUUCUUCAACUGGAAUGUUACAUAUGGUGAUAUUUACCCUCUUGGCGUUCGUCAAACGGGUAUUCUCAUCAAUGGGCAAUUUCCAGGGCCUGAUGUCCUCUCUGUUACCAAUGACAAUCUCAUUAUCAACGUGUUUAACAGCUUAAACGAGCCUUUUCUCCUUUCCUGGAACGGAAUCCAACAGAGGAGGAAUUCUUUUGAAGAUGGUGUAUAUGGAACAACCUGCCCUAUUCCACCAGGAAAGAACUUCACAUACAUUCUACAGGUCAAGGAUCAAAUAGGAAGCUUCUAUUACUUCCCCUCUCUUGCAUUCCACAAGGCCGCUGGUGGUUUUGGAGGGAUCAGGAUCCUUAGCCGAUCACUAAUUCCUGUCCCUUUCCCAGAUCCUGCUGGUGAUUACACUGUUCUUAUUGGAGAUUGGUACAAGUCCAAUUACACGGAUUUGAAAGCUCAUCUGGAUCGUGGUAAGAAGCUACCUUUCCCUGAUGGAAUACUUAUCAAUGGUCGGGGACCUGGGGGUGCCUUCUUCAAUGUUCAACAAGGAAAAACAUACAGGCUUAGGAUAUCAAAUGUUGGAUUGCAAAAUUCUCUCAAUUUCCGCAUCCAGAACCACAGGUUGACGUUGGUAGAAGUGGAGGGAACACACACUUUGCAAACUACCUACUCUUCAAUAGACCUUCACCUUGGUCAAUCAUGCUCUGUUUUAUUUACAGCUGAUCAGCCUGCACAAGACUAUUACAUUGCGGUCUCCACUCGCUUUACCAACCCGGUUCUCAUCGGUACAGCAACUCUUCAUUAUAGCAAUUCUGCUGGCCCUGUCUCUGGUCCUCCUCCUGGUGGACCUACCAUCCAAAUUGACUGGUCUUUGAACCAGGCCCGCUCUAUCAGGACAAACCUUACAGCAAGUGGACCAAGGCCUAAUCCUCAGGGUUCAUACCACUAUGGUCUCAUUAACACAACCAGAACCAUCAGGCUUGCAAAUUCUGCAGGGCAAGUUAAUGGCAAGCAAAGAUAUGCAGUUAACAGUGUUUCCUUUGUUCCAGCGGACACUCCUCUGAAACUUGCCGACUAUUUCAAAAUUGGAGGAGUUUUUCGCAUUGGAAGCAUAUCCGAUAAUCCUUAUGGCGGAUGGAUAUACCUUGACACUUCAGUUAUGAAUGCUGACUACAGGGCUUUUAUUGAGAUUAUAUUUCAGAACAAUGAAGACAUCGUACAGAGCUGGCAUCUUGAUGGCUACUCUUUCUUUGUUGUUGGUAUGGACGGAGGGCAAUGGACAGCAGCUAGUAGGAAGGGAUACAACCUGCGUGACGCAGUUUCACGUUGUACCACUCAGGUGUAUCCUAAAUCGUGGACUGCCGUUUAUGUGGCACUUGACAACGUAGGAAUGUGGAACUUGAGGUCGGAGUAUUGGGCAAGACAGUACCUUGGACAACAGUUUUACUUGCGUGUAUACACAACCUCAACAUCACUCAGGGAUGAAUACCCGAUCCCCAAGAAUGCACUCCUCUGCGGUAGGGCAAGCGGCCGAAGCACUCGACCCCUGUAAGUUAGCAUAGAAUAAAGAAUCCAGAGUUGGGUAGAGAAAACCUGUCCAACUUAGGUCGAUGAAGAUGAUUGAAGAGUAGAAUUUUACCUCCUAAUCUUUUUACUUGGGCCAUUAAAUUGUGCUUAUGUGAACUUCGUAGCAUGUAUUAGUAGACCUCAGCUCGAGGUCGCAAAUUCUUUCUUACUAUAGAUUUGUAUUCCCAUUGUUCUAAUUGUUCAAGUUUCAACCAUUUAUUAUUAUUUGAGACAGCAUUGUUAUGUUUUUCUUAAUCAAAAAAAUUUAAGCUUUGGCAAGAAUUCAGCCAAAUUUUUUUGUUUCUAAUGGAAUAUGGGCUUCAACUUUCAAAAUUGUUGAUAGAACUAUUUUGAAAUGCAAGGAGCAUGGAAAAUUCAACAAAGUUAAAAGAGCAGCACUUGAACCAAAAUGAAACAAUCUCCCGUUUCCAAUUUAUAUCAAGGAUUCAAAACUUUCGCAAAGACAUCGGAUACUAGAAUUCAAAUGUCAAAUUUGUGGAGAUUUUGAGGUUUCAAUUUCUGUUCUUUUUUUUUUUUUUAAUUUAAAUACUAGUAAGUAGGAACAUACAAAAGAAUGUUGAGUGUUAGUUAAACUAAUCUUGUAAUAAGAUCACAUA